CGGGAGCGCGUGUUGGUGCCGAGCGCAGUGCGGCCCCUCCCCUUCUUUUCUCUCUCACUCACACAGUGGUGGCGAGCGACAUUUACCUCACACACAUACACAGCGGCGGCCAUCGCACUUGUCUGUCUGUAGUCCCGCUCCGGGCUGCCCGUCAGCAUCUCUCAGGCCGUACAGGAAGGAGGGGAUCACUGCUGAGGUGUUCCGUCCUCCCCCCUCCUCCUCCCUUCCCAGGAGCGGUCCCUGCACCGCCUCACCGAGGAGCAGCUUCCUCUCUCCUCCUCUUCCCUCAGCAGCCAGGCCACAGCCUGCACCCCCCUCUCCUCCUCCGCUCGCCUCUCUCCCCUUCUCUACAGCAACAUGUCGGCGCCGGCGGCCAAACUCAGUAAAAAGGAGGUGAACUCCAACCACGACGGAGCGGACGAGACCUCAGAAAAAGAGCAACAGGAAGCCAUCGAGCAUAUCGACGAAGUACAGAAUGAAAUAGACAGACUGAAUGAACAAGCCAGUGAGGAGAUAUUGAAAGUAGAACAGAAAUACAACAAACUUCGUCAGCCAUUCUUUCAGAAGAGGUCAGAAUUGAUCGCCAAAAUCCCAAAUUUCUGGGUCACAACAUUUGUCAAUCACCCACAAGUCUCUGCACUGUUGGGCGAAGAGGAUGAGGAAGCACUUCACUAUCUCACCCGGGUGGAGGUCACAGAGUUUGAAGACAUAAAAUCUGGAUACAGAAUAGAUUUUAAUUUUGAUGAAAAUCCUUACUUUGAAAACAAAGUUCUCUCUAAAGAGUUUCACUUAAAUGAGAGUGGCGAUCCAUCCUCAAAGUCAACGGAGAUAAAAUGGAAAUCUGGGAAGGAUUUGACGAAGCGCUCUAGCCAAACACAGAAUAAAGCCAGCCGAAAGAGGCAACACGAAGAACCUGAAAGCUUUUUCACUUGGUUCACGGAUCAUUCUGAUGCUGGCGCAGAUGAGCUGGGAGAGGUUAUAAAGGAUGACAUAUGGCCUAAUCCAUUACAGUACUACCUUGUUCCAGAUAUGGAGGAUGAAGAAAACGAAGGAGAGGAGGAAGAUGAUGAUGACGAAGAGGAGGAAGGACUUGAAGACAUUGAUGAGGAAGGGGAUGAAGAUGAGGUUGAAGGAGAGGAUGAUGACGAGGAAGAUGAGGAGGGAGAAGAGGCCGAGGUAUGAAGAUGAAGGCGAAGAUGAUUAAGUGAUUGCAUUGUUUGGAUUCCACCCCUUUUUUUCCUUUAUUUUUUAUCCAGUCCCUGGGAGCAAGAUGCUGUUGUGUUUAUUUUUAUUUUUUUUUGUUUUUUUUGUUUUUUUGUGUGAUUGGUCGCCUUGUUCUUGGUCCCUUCCCCUCUUUAUCAUGGUUCAUAUUUUUUAUUUUUUUUGGGGGGAGAGGUAAGAACUGAGUAAAAAUACAGUGAAAAUCUCUAA